CUUCACUGCAGCAGGCGGGCGCACAGAGGAGGAAGAGGAAGAGGAGAGGUGAAGAGACAGGAGGCUGCCCAACACACAACUCACUGCAGUGACAGAGAGAUUAGUUGUGACUGAAGUGCUGCUGGGACGUUAAUGUGAAAUGUUAGGGUGCUAUUUUGGAGAUGCUGCCAUAAAUUAGCAAUAUUUACUGGUUUGUCACUAAUCAUCCACAAACAGCAUUAUGGGCCAACUGUUCUCUUCAGAAGAAGAGCUUUCUCAAGUGAAGGAUGCGAUUGGUUCUCUCCUCUUCGAUGCCAUGUUGGAAGGCGGUGCCGUACCUGACCUCGGAGUUGUUCACCCUCUCCUCCUAGCCAAUCAGGGUGAGAGCGUUGACUCCCGGGCCAGCCUCCAGAAACAACUGAAACAGCUGCAGGGAGACAUUGGGAAGAGGGCGCCAACGUACCUGAAGGAACUGAUUGGCCGUUUGUCGACCUUCUCGGAUGAGCCACGCCUCGCCGGCUUGGUGGGAUUAGUGGUUACUAUGGUGAUGGAUAUGGCCUAUACGUCAUCGUCAUCAGUUGUGAAAGGGAAGUCGGCAGGGUCAUCAUCAUGCCAGCAGAGAGUCUGGGAGCUCCAGGAGGUGACGGAGGAGUACCUCAAGCGCUGUAGGAUCAACCUGAGUGACAAAAGCAAAUUGACCCAGGACUCCAUCAGACUGGAGGCCCAGCUCAGCCUCACCCUCACCCAGCUGAAGACGUGUCUGCUGGGGGGAGACUGUGACUCCAGGUCUCUGAGGCACUGGGCCAGUGGAGCAGCAUUUCAUACCCAGAUGUUGGUUCACCUGGCUGGCCUUGAGGGUCAGGAUGAGCCCCUGGCUGCAAGGACUGCACUGGAGCAAUACAAGGAAGACCUCACACAGAUCGUACCUGCUUACAGGCGUUAUAAGUCUAAUACAGUGUGCGUUGUGAAAUGUCGAGGGGGUCUUCUGGCAUCAUGUGACCCCUCCGGUGAGUUGCCAGAGGAGGGAUCAAUGACGGGACUCACUGUGACGGACAGAGAGACAGGAAAGAGUGUGACCAUCCCUCUAUCUGCCAUGAGGACGGAGACAGGGAGAAGAAUGAGAGUCUCUGGGCCUGAUGCUACAGCUGUGUCCUCCUCCAUUGACCUGGACCUGAUCACUUCAGAUCAAUACGCCCAGGCAUACCUGCACCACCUGUUCUCUGAUAAGGGACCUGUGGCAGAGCUGGAGAAGUACUUCAUCAAGGCUAAUGAUAAUCUGAGAACACUACGAACAGAAGCAGGAUGUACAAACAAGAAAGGCGUGAGAGACGGGAUAGAACAAAGUGAUGGAGUGCAUGUGAAAGCCCAGUCACAGGGCAUUGAUACAGAACAAACAGUUGACAGCGGUAAAGGAGAUAAUCAGGGCAAGACGGACAGGAGAGGAAGACGAGACGAGACGGAGGAACGUGAGCAGAGAGAUGAAGGUUUGCGGCUGAGUAUUGUGGAGACGCAGCCCCAUGAGAGCCAGCGCACAGCAGGAAGCACGUCGGCCCUCAGAAACUCAGAAACAUGACGGACUUCUCUAAUGUUGCUUUUAAUUUAUGCUGAGAGCUUAAUCGAUUGCUGCAUAGAAGCUGAAUAGCAGGUUUACUGAUUUGUCUGCAAUGCUACACUACAAAUGUGUCCACCGUGGAAACGAUAUGAACUUUGGGUUUGUUGAAUUCUAUUAAGUGUGUGUCACAUUUAACACAUGUCAGUCAGUCAAUUUCAAUAAAUGCUUACAAGCCGUAA